AGGAAGGAUGGCAAAGUUUAUGACAGCAUUGCACAAUCGCCAGUUGUUCCAGAUAGCGUAUCUGUAUUUACCUCUGGGAGGGUUAUUCUAAGGUGAUUAGGUGGGCCCGAAUUCUAGUUUGAAUUCAGGAUGGCAGAGGGACAAUAUCAUUGCAAUCGGAGGACAGAAAUCAUUGGUCCCAGUGGUGUGUCCUGAAGUGGAUAAAGUGAUGAAGAGACAGAGAUCCUGGGGGGAUUGGGAGCUCCUUGGAAACACAGAGGACAAUACAGACAACAGUGAGCAGGAUGAGACCUCUCCUUUGAGGUCAUCCUGGUCCCUGACAGACACCAUGAACUACGUGGGUCAGCUGGCAGGUCAGGUUUUGGUGACUGUCAAAGAACUGUAUAAAGGCAUCAAUCAGGCCACGUUGUCGGGCUGUAUUGAUGUCGUGGUUGUCCGUCAGAGAGAUGGCACCUACCAGUGCUCACCAUUCCACGUUCGGUUUGGCAAGCUGGGUGUACUGCGCUCCAAGGAGAAAGUGAUCGACAUAGAAGUGAAUGGAGAGCCCGUAGACCUACAUAUGAAGCUUGGUGACAAUGGAGAGGCCUUUUUUGUCCAAGAGGCUGAACAGCAAAAUCAGAUUGUCCCUGCCCACCUGGCCACCUCCCCAAUUCCCACCGAGAGUCAUCUGUUCUGGAUCUCAGAGGUAGAGCAAAGGGUACCAAAAGAUCUUGAAGAUGACCUUGUUGACCCAGAGGACCCUCCAGAGCCUCCUGCUCCCAGCACUACAGCUACAAAAAAGAAAAAAAGACGGAGAAAGAAGCACAAAGGAGACCCUCGUAGAGAGGAGCUGACCCCACCAAUGUCAGUCACUACUGGUAAUGCUGCUGCUGCUGCUGCUACAACUGCUGCUAUGUCCAACACUGCUCAGAAUGAUGAGAUCUUUGAGAUGGACCUGAGCUCUGACGAGGAUGCUGGGACACAUGUCUCAAGGUCACCUUCAAUUACCACAAUACGUGACAUCGACCCCAAAUUACCUGCAGCCAGACAUAACCACGAUGGCUACCCACUGUCUGAUGGUGAAUGGCGAGCAAGUGAUGGUCAUGGCUUGUCUCAGGCCUUUUCCCCAAAGAGUGAUUCAGAACUGGUGAUGAGGCCCUCAGAGAGUUUACUCAGAGCUGAGUCCCACAUGCAGUGGACCUGGGGAGAGUUUCCAGAAACGACCAGGGUCACAAAGAAAGAGAAACCAGAACCACUAAAAACAGUGAUCAUCACCCCGUCAGAGAGCACCCACUUCCGUGUCAUCCUCAGCUCAGAGGCCAUGGAAAAUGAAGCUGAGACUGAAACAGAAGAUAGUAGCCCCUCAGUAUGUACCAUAGUCAAGCCAGAGCCACGCACCCCUCUCCCCACUGUAGCACCUGAUCAUCAACUACCACAUAUUGGCACCACAACCUCUGUUGCAAGUCCCGUAAGCCCCACCGAGCCCCUUGAUGUCCUGCCAUCCAGUGUGACAACAUCUACUCCUGCAAACAGCCAGCAGAGUGAUUCACCUUCAAAGAAGAAAGGAGUCCCAAAAAGGAGUCAGCAUCAGGGUCCUGAAGAUAUCUACCUAGAUGACUUGAAUGUACUUGAACCAGAUGUGGCUGCAAGAUAUUUUCCUAAGAGUGAGUCGGAGGCAGCAACUAAGCAUUGGAUGGACUCGGAGAUGCACUCUGGUUCACAGUCUCCUCAGUCGGUGGGUAGUGCGGCUGCAGACAGCGGGACAGAAUGUCUUUCUGAUUCAGCAAGCGACCUGCCUGAUGUCACCCUUUCUCUGUGUGGAGGUCUCACAGAAAAUGCUGAAAUAUCGAAAGAAAGAUUCAUGGAGCAUAUCAUCACGUAUCAUGAAUUUGCUGAAAAUCCAGCAAUUAUAGAUAACCCCAACCUGGUAGUAAAGAUAGGAAAUAGGUAUUACAACUGGGCAUUAGCUGCACCGUUGAUUCUAAGUCUCCAAGCAUUUCAGAAAAAUUUACCAAAGGCUACAGAGGAGGCCUGGGUGAAAGAGAAAAUGCCAAAGAAGUCAGGCCGCUGGUGGUUCUGGCGAAAGAGGGCAGAUAGCACAAUCAAGCAGUCAGAGACUAAGCUUGAAACCAAGGAGGAGGCUCAGUUGGCAGACGAAGGACCCUCCUUGUCUCAGGAGAAGUUGACCUUACAGCCUAAAGUAGGAGACACAUCCAGUGAUGAAGAAGCCAAGGAAGUGAGUGCUGUGUCUUGUCAAGAGAGGCUGCAGACAGGAGAUGGUCAGCACCACUCCAGCCCACACGCUUACAGGAAGUCACUGCGUCUUUCUUCUGGUCAGAUAGUCAGUUUAAAACUCAAGGAGGGGCCUAAUGAUGUGACAUUCAGCAUCACCACCCAGUAUCAGGGUACAUGCCGCUGUGAGGGAACCAUCUACCUGUGGAACUGGGAUGACAAAGUCAUCAUCUCUGACAUCGAUGGCACCAUUACCAAGUCAGAUGUCUUUGGACAGAUCCUUCCACAGUUGGGGAAAGACUGGACCCACCAGGGCAUUGCAAAGCUGUACCACUCUGUUGCUGAGAACGGCUACAAGUUCUUAUACUGCUCAGCUCGGGCUAUCGGCAUGGCAGACAUGACAAGAGGUUACCUGCAGUGGGUCAACGAUGGAGGCAUCAUCCUGCCACGGGGACCCCUCAUGCUGUCUCCCAGCAGCCUCUUCUCUGCAUUCCACAGGGAGGUCAUAGAAAAGAAACCAGAGAUCUUCAAGAUUGAAUGCCUUACAGACAUCAAGAAUCUGUUCCAGCAUAACAAGCAGCCAUUCUACGCCGCCUUUGGGAAUAGAGCAAAUGAUGUUUUUGCCUAUAAGGAGGUUGGUGUUCCACUCUGCAGAAUCUUCACAGUUAACCCCAAGGGAGAGCUGAUCCAGGAGCAGACCAAGGGCAACAAAUCCUCGUAUGGCAGACUCAGUGAGCUGGUGGAGCAUGUCUUCCCUUUGCUAAGUAAAGAACAGAACGAGGCCUUUGUGAUGCCAGAGUACAGCUCCUUCUGUUACUGGAGACAGCCGAUACCAGAGAUCAACCCUGAUGAAUUGCUUUGAUUCUGCACAUAUUUAUAGCCAGGUAUACAUCUGUCUGGGACUGGACUGUGCACUUAAAUGCAUCUCUUAAAUACACAUGGAUGGGAGACCAUUGCACUCAGGCACACACAUCUCUGCUGUGAUUUUGACACAGUAACAGGGUUAAAACCAGAAAUACAAAAAACUGGUAAACUGUAUUUAUGUAGAGAUGAGAAGAGAUUAUAAGCACUAUGGUAAAUUUCUCUAAAAAGUUCAUCUUUAGGACACAAGAGGCUAAUCACCAACUCAUCCUGGGCUGAAAAGAUCCAUUGUAGUAACCACUCUCUAAUCAAGAUCAUUGUGCAGAGAUGGUGAUUGAAGACAUCUUUUCUGUCUAUAAAUCUGUAACAAACUGGAUUGUUAUACUAGCCAUUGGGGGAGAAACAACCCUACGUGAGGCACUAGAUUCUGAGUUGAAGCAGAAUUUUUCUUAAUUGUAUUUUACACAUUUUUUGACACUUCAAAUGAGUGCAAUGUAAGCUCCAAAAUGAAGAAGGCAUGCUGAAUUAAAGCUUAUAAGGGAAUUAAAAGAUACGUCUAAAGCUAGGCAGAAGUACAGUGCCUUCUGUGUUUGCUUGGAUACAAGUAUUCAGCAACAAAUUGGAGGCUGUAUUUGGCAAUAAAAAAAAAAGUGGGAUUAAAAAAUGGACAUAGUGGUUUGCCGAUAGCAGAUUACAUCCAGCAUGAAGCAUAAACAGAUGUUCCGUUUCAGGAAAGCUAUUUCGGUGUAAAAUUUUUGAUGCUCUUGACUUGGAUUACUGUAGGUGCAGCAGAUUUAUAAACUUUGUACUUAAUGAAUCGUGUCAGAUAUUAUUAUUCAAGAUGGGAUGUGCCAAGUAUGUGAAGAUGCACACUUUAGUUGUGACUUAGAGAUAAAACGAAGCAGCUUCAUGGUUUAGUCUUGCUGAUUUAAGAUGUUUAUUCUGUUAUACAAACUAUACAAAGCAAGUGUAUUCUGUUAAGAAUGCUGUCAUUAUUUAUGAUAAUUGAUAUGUUUAAGUUAUUGAUUUCUAUUGCUAUGCCUUUGCUUGUCUGAAAAAGUAAUUAUCACCGAUGUUGUAUAGGGGAAAAAAAACAAGUUCAAACUGGUAUUUAGUGUGGCUGGUCACUGAUUAACAUGCACUUAUUAAUAGCAGAUGCUUCGUACAAUAUUUGUUCAGUCAUUUGUUUUGUCAUGUUUCACACAGCAGCCAGUUUUCCUAGUUGGAAACUGAAACUUUCAACAUGAAAGGCACAUACACACCCCAGAGAAAACCUCUGAAAUCAACAGCUUUAACUUGAAGAUGUGUGUAAAUAUAAGAGAUGACGCCUGAGUUGCAACAGUGGAAAUAAGCAGAUCUGAAAGAAGCUUAAAAAUGAAGGAUUCGGAAGACUAUAGGAUUGUGUGUGUGUGUGUGUGUGUGUGUGUGUGUGUGUGUGUGUGCGCGCGCAUACCUAAUCACUGAGUGCUGCUACUGUUGGGUGGUAGUAUCCUGCACCUCCUUGCUUAUAUUCCCUUCAAUGGCUUUACCAAGACUUAUCCAAAGCACUUUGUCUAAGCUGCACCCUGAGAUGCAGACUUGCAACCCAGCGUGCUCCUCACCCACAUGCACUUCGCUGUUGGUCUUAAUAGACAGCAGACCACAGUAUGCAAUUGCAGGAUGAAGAGUUUAGUUUCACCUUUAUUAGCUAUAAGUUAGUACAAAUACCUCCCUAUGAUUAAUUGUUGAAAGAAAGUGGUUCUUGCUUGCAAAAUGUUGGUUUAAAAGAAUUUUUUUUUAAAUAUUAUUUUUGGGUGUUGAAAACACAUGAAGCCACCUCAUAUCUUAAGUGUGUGUGCGGGGUUGUAUGUUUGUGUGAGAGAAAGAAAAGACUGAUCCUAUGCCUCAGAGGAGGAGAAAUUAGUUCUUGUUUAGAGAUAAACAGGAAAUACUUGACUCUGUCCAGGAAGCCUUUAGAAGCACUUCCUUGGCAUUAUGUAUGAUUAGGAAAUGAUUCACUGGCAUGAAUCACAUGGGCCACAUGAGCGUAACAUGAUAAGAUGUGUUCGAGUGGGCUGAAAGAGCAGGAGCAAACAAACCAGUUUAUGGGAAGAGGGGGGAUGACGGCUCUGUCACUUAGAUGCUUCAGAAGUGUUGCUGCAAUUGCUCUGUAGCCGUUUUGUGAAUUUUAGAUGUUUGCUUUGAUUCUUUUGCUUUUUCUCUACAGUUUGGUGAUAUCAGAUUUAUCUUAUGAUUAACAAAAGGAAUUCCAUUCUUUCUAUGAAAGUAAAGCAUCUUGUGUGAAAGAAUCACACGUCACCCUCUAUAAUUGGGGGGGUAUGUGGUAUAAAAAAUUUGCUCUCACUCAACUGCUGUGGAAAAUGAUCUGGUAUAUAUGAUGAUCACUUAUUUUUCUUUUUCCUGUCUCAAUGCCUUUGUUUGUUGUUUCUUAUAAAUGUGUAUGAUCUUUCGUGGGACUGUGUUUUGUUUGGAUGUAACGCUUGCUAUUUGAUUGUGUCUGAUCAACAGAAAUACUUUAAAUGUAUGCUGUGUUCGAUUUUGUAUAGAGACGUGGUUCAAAGUAUGUUUAAAGAACAAAAUCCAUAGUAAACAGAAAAUAAAACAAGCCUAAAAAAGCUAACAAAAUGUGGCUUGUUCUCCUAUUUGUAUUAAAUUUCUAACUGAAUACAUUA